GAUCUGAAAGCUCUCACGAUAUAGGCCUACAUGCGGGCCUACAUCUCUCGUCAUCCGUAUUCGUUUUCAAAGAGGGCUAUUCUGUUUUUAGCAGUUGAUGCUCGAAUGCAGUGAAGAAACUCCCGAACUUGAUAACUGGGACUUGAUAGGACUUGAAAUUCUUAAGGCUAUUGCUAUUGGUCCAUGAAUCUUACUUCCCUUAUUCUGGUUUAGAUUUCUGAUCCACACGCGUUCAGCAAGGCAUGAUAAGCCCUUCGUGCAAACGUUUGAAUCACAUAAUUGUGAUAUUCCGUGACUUAAUUUUAUUUACAGCAAGUCAUCUCACCACAUUCAUCUAAGCCGAUGAUUGGUGUUAUCAGACUACACACCUCUCAAUAUCUACAUGAUAAUACCUAUCAUGGCUGAAGCAUUGAAGGAUACCAUCACCCAGAGUCUGGAGUGUCCUGUAUGUCUGACCACCUUCACCGAUCCGAAAAUCCUGUCUUGUUCCCACACCUUCUGUAAGGCAUGCCUGGACAUCCUUUACGAAUGCCUUGGGGAUGACCGUCAGUUCCGAUGUCCCGUAUGUAGAAACGAAACUCUGGUCCCAAAUCAAGAUGUUAACGCACUCCCGGGGAAUCUUCUUGUGAAAAUUCUUAUGGAGGACAUUAAGAAUAAACACAAUCGUUGCACAAAUUGUAAAACCGUCGACACUACAGAUGUCUACUGCCAAGAUUGUGGCAAGUAUCUCUGCAUCACUUGUCACAGCAUGCAUACUAAAUGGGAAGACUUCAUCGGUCAUGAAAUUGUUGCGAUUAGUGAUAUCACAUCAGGAAAGGUAAAAGUACGAACAUAUCAAAAAUGCAAGAAACAUCACAGAGAAGAUGAGGAAAUCUUUUGUCGUAUAUGUAGGAAAUUUGCAUGCUACAAAUGUGUACCUCUAGAGCAUACAGGCGAAGAACAUCGAAACAUCACUGCAGAUGAAUAUGAACAAAAUUACAUGACAAAGAUCAAUGACCUCAAAUCAAAGGUAUACAAGAAAUGCUCUUCCUUCAAGAAGUAUGUCAAAUUCAUAAAUGAUCAGAAGGAACUUGUGAGCAAUGCUCAGGAUCAGUGUUUAAAUGAUAUUCAAGAAGCAUAUGAUACAUUAGUCCAGCAGUUGACCGAGAAAAAAGAGCUACCCGAAGGUGAAGUCAAGGAUAGAGUUGAGGGAGUAAAGAAAGAACUUGAUGAAAUGAAGAGAUCCGCUCAGAGUUACAUCACAUUAUUGACUACAUUGGCUAACUUGAUCACGAAUAAGGCAAAAGCACCGUUAGAUAUGGACACGUUGGCUGUACAUGACACGUUAUGUGAAGACUUACUGGAAGCCUUGAAUGAAAAAGAACCCGACUACGACAAGCCAUUGAAGUUAAGCAAGAAAGAGAAGCUUGUAAUGUUUCAUCCAUUCGAAGGAAACCUAGAACUGCCUCUUGGUGAGAUUGUUGAAGAAGUUGUAAAGAACAUCGUAAAUCUGCCUUCCAAUAAUAAUCACAUGAAUAUCAUUGCUAGCACACCGGACGGUAGGAUGUUAGUGGGAUGUAAGAGAGGUGGGGAGAUUUUUGCUUCUGAUGGUCAUCUGCAGGAGUCAAUUCUCAAGGAUGUUGAUAUUCGUGGAGUUGGUUUCCUGUCUGACAAUCGAUGUGCUGUGAUUGAUGGUUCAAACAAUAUCACAAUAUACACACCAGAGUACAGAAAAUUGAAUGUUGAGUUUGGGACACUGAGUAAAGAAGAAGGUGGAUUUUCCAACCUCACCGUCGACGGUAAUGAUCAGAUCUAUGUUAGCUACAGGAAAGCCAUGAAGAUCCAGGUUUUCUCACCAGCCGGUGGAAAGGCAGAUAUGGAGAUUGUGAACACGGGAUAUGAAGUUACGCAAAUCAAUACUUACAAUGAUUUCUUACUAACUGCAAAUGUUGCAGUACGUUUGAUUUACAAAGAUGGUGCCAUAAAGCAUAGAUUAAGAAAAGCGGGCUUCUACCCUUCCAACCUGUACCCUGCCGUGUCUCUUGGGAAUAAGAUCUUGAUAGCCGAGGUGAAGCACGAUAGAGGUUUGGUGAGCAUUGAUGAGUACACAGAUCAUGCUGAUAAACUAGAACAUGUUCAGAACAUCAUUAAUGAUUACAAGUUUGAGAAGCCUGGGAGGCUUUGGUAUUAUAUCGAGCAAUACCUGUCAGGAGAGAUCGCUUUUUGUACCACUGAUAGACUAUAUAUAUUCCAUUGACCAUUUUGAGGGUGAUCUUAAUUAGGUGAUUCUUUUCGUGUAUUGCACUAUAUCUCCUUCAUCACCACCGAAUCAACACUCAUAAGGCCCGUUUCAUUUUCUUUUAUUACAGGAAAUAUAUAGAUCACUAAACAAAACAUAAAUAAACAAUGAUCUUACAUGUCUUGAAGAGUUAGAUGUGCAAUCCCAAGGUUAUGAUAUAAAUCCAAAUAAAAUCCAAGUCAGUUGGCGAAGAUCCCUUUAAUUAAAGUUCACAAUGGUGGCGAUGAUUAAAUUGAUGUUGAAGCACGAUGAAUAACAAGAGUCACUGUAACAAGUUGAAAUGUCUGUAAAGAUGAUGUUGUGAUGAUGAUUACCAGUCAAUUUCAGCAAUCCACGGGUUGAGAAGCGUUCAUUAAUACAGGUUGAUGAUUUCGAUGAGAACUGAGAAUUUCUCUCUCAAAGUAACUGCAAACAGUUCAUUAGUGGCGUGCAAAUAAUUCCACUGAAGAUAGAUGUUGUAUUACAGUUGGAAAUAAACUAUGCUCUGACAUAAUGUCUGGUGUGAAACUCUGAGCUCUGAUCUGAUGUGAUGAUGUCCUUGAAGAAACUGCCAGCUUAUAUACAAAUUAUUCACUAUUCUGGAAGCUUCUAGUAUUGUCUAUAAAAAGAGCAUUAUCCUUCUUUCUAGAAUAGUCCACUUCUAGAAGACUCUUGAAUGACCUCAGUGAAAUUCAAAUUCAAAUUCAUUUAUUUCACAUCUGUAAAAAACAUACAAGAUACAAUAUAUCGAGAGAUAUCAACAUGAUUCCAUAGUAAAGGAGUAAUGAAUAUUGUAAAAUGACAAAUUAACAAAAAUAACAAAAUACAUAGGAUAAUGAAAGCGAUGUGGGGGAAUAGCAAAAGCCAAAUAGACCUAUCUAGGCUACUCCCUGAUUAACAUUCAUUACCGAAAAAAGACCAUCCUGCAAUCAAUUGAUUAGAUUGCAAGAAACACACAUUUCAAAAUAAACGAAAUCAACAAACUAAUAAAAAUUUGAAGAAAAAAAUAACAACUAUAUUACAAAAAAAUAUGUUUAAAAAACAUACACAUAAAAGCAAGCAAGCUUAUUCACUGAGAACUUGGUGAAGUAUACAUAUUUAGAAGGUAAGACUUACAUCUUACUUUAAACGAAUUUAGCGAAGGACUUUCUUUUAUUUCAGGGGGCAAACUGUUCCAUAUGAGUGGUCCACUAUAACUUAUGACUGUUCUUGAGAAAGAAAAGCGGUAAAAAGGAAUGUAUAAAUUAUCAGAAUUUCUCGUAUUAUAUUUGUUUACACUGCGAUUUGUUUUAAAAUAACUGUUGAAUGUGUCAGGCAACUGAUUCUUGUAGUAUGAAAACAUAAAACUUGCAGUGUGAAGGGUAUGUAUAUCAUAAAUUUUUAGGAUCUUUAAUUUACGGAAUAAUUGAUGAGAGUGAGCUUAAUAUGGGGAAUUUGUUAUUAUUCUGAUUGCCCGUUUUUGUAAGCGAAAUAAUUGUAGCAUUAAAUAAUUUGCACAGUCCCCCCCAUACGAUAUUGCAAUAGCUGAGAUGCGUGAGUAUCAUUGUAUUGUAUAAUUGAACACGAAUAUGCAAUGGUAAGUCACCUUUGAUUCUAUUAAGUACACCAAUGGUUUGAGAAAUCUUCAUAGAAAUAUUAUUUACAUGUUGUUUCCAACUCAUGCUAUCGUCAAUUGUGACACCUAGGAAUUUCGUAUAUUGCACUUUCUGAAUUUCAAAAUCAUUUAUAUAUAAUUUUAUGGAGUUUUCUUCAAUUUUCUUAUUUUUAGGCUUAAAAAUCAUAAAAGAUGUCACCAUAGUGUUAAUUUGUAGUCUGUUGCCUUGGAACCACAUGUGAACUUUUUCCAUUUCAGAAUUUAAAAUAUUAUUUAAUUGAAUGGGAUCCU